AUGGCCGGCGGCAACCAUCCCAAGUCCUCUCUUCACAACAAGCCUCCGCCAUCCGCCACUGCUUCCGCCUCCCACCGCAAAUCCCGCUGGGAACCCAACUCCUCCUCCGCCAAAUCCCCACCGGAUCCCAAACCCUCCACCGCCCCUUCCCCCAAACCCAAACCUAAACCUAACCCUAACCCUAACAUUAACCCUAGCCCCAAACACCCAUCCAAUCACCCUCCGCUCCUCCCCUUCCCGGAGCCCGCCCCUCUUGGCCCACCCCCUCCUCCAGCCUACGGCUUUCACAUGCUUGAACGCCGUACUAUCGUCCUCGCUGACGGCAGCGUACGCUCUUACUUCGCCCUUCCUCCCGAUUAUCAGGACUUUGCGCCCCGCCCUCUCGACUUCCCUCCCCGCUUCCCUCCGCCCCUCAGCCCCGGCCGCUUCCGCCUCCCCGAUUUCCUUCCCGGCGUCACUAAGCGCAAGUACGGUAACGACGACGGCUCCCGGGACGACCUCGCCAGGCAGAGGGAGCAGCUCCUCCGUAACGCCAAUGGCCUCUCUAGGAUUCCUGGCGGCGAGUUCUCUGCGGGCCCCAGCGGCGGUGCAACCCUGAAGCGUGAAUUGGUGGACCCCCCUGAAAGGAGGCCCUCCAAGCACCCGAGGCACGACGGGGCAAAUUUCAGUAGGCACUCUCAGGUGGAUCAGGACGCUUUGAAGAAAGCCUUUGUUAACUUUACGAAGCUCAUCAACGAGAAUGUCUCGCAGAAGAGGAGUUACUUGGAGGAUGGGAAGCAGGGACGCCUUCAUUGUCUUGCUUGUGGAACUGGCAGCGUUAAAAGCAAGGUUGUAGUUGAUGGUCUUGAGGGUGAUAUGCAGCUUCGACAGCUUCAGGCAAUAGGCAUAAAAAAAUUAGAUGAGCAAGAAGGAGGAGGGAAUUCCAUUUCCAUUAGUAUCGAUAUUGAACUGGCUGCUGUAUCUUUUGAACUUGUGUUUUGCUGCUGUUGCAAUAGUGGGCAAUGUGGCUUGUCUUCGGAUCAAUCUUGGUUGCCGUAUAGCAUACUUAGAGCUCUUAGCACUUCUGCUUUAUAUCGGGAACAAAUGGUGGGCCUUGGAGUAACAACAAGGUUGCUGCUUUAUAGCCUAAGGUUUAGAGGCCAUGGUAUCAAAUUAAAUUUAGGAUCUUGGGCAUUUUCUGAGGGUCAUAGAGACGCCCUUGCCGUGGGUUAUGCCCUGUCAGUUUUCUUUAGUACAUCUGAAGUUGAGUCUCAGCUUCAUGUGGCCUGUACUCUGAUGUCUGCUAAAGAUUUUCCAGAUAUGCAUGCUCUCAUCAUGCACACUUACAACUCAGAUAAUGUUGAUUCACAUGUUGAUCAUUUGGGAUUACACAAAGCUCUGUGUGUCUUAAUGGGUUGGAACUACUCAAAGCCUCCAGAUAAUUCAAAGGCAUAUCAGUUUUUAUCUGCUGAUGAAGCAGCAGCAAAUCAGGAUGAUCUGAUCAUGUGGCCACCUUUGGUGAUCAUUCAUAACACAAAUACCGGAAAAAAUAGAGAUGGUCGUAUGGAGGGUUUGGGAAACAAAACAAUGGAUAAUAAAAUUAGAGAGCUAGGAUUUAUAGGUGGCAAAUCAAAGUCAUUAUAUGGAAGAGAUGGUCAUUUGGGCAUAACACUGGUUAAAUUUGCUGGGGACCAAUCAGGCUUUAAGGAAGCCAUUCGACUUGCUGAACACUUUGAGAAGGAAAACCAUGGACGCAAUGAUUGGGCCCGUGUACAGUCACAAACAUUAGGGAAGGAUGAUGAGAAUAAUGCAAACCUUGUGAAGGUGGAUGAGAAAAAAGGAGAGAAAAGGAGGGUCUUGUAUGGCUAUCUUGGGACUGCUUUUGAUCUUGACAAAGUUGAUUUUGAUACAAGGAAGAAGGCUGUCAUAGAGAGCAGGAGAGAAUACAAACCACCUAUGUAG